AUGAAGCGAAGACGAAGAAAGAGGAAGGGUCGGAAAGAGAAUAGGAGGAGGAGGAGUCACCAUCAUUCAGAUGAUGAUUCUUCUGAUGAUUCUGCUGAUCUGCGGCAUAAAAGGAGGAGCAGGAAGGCGUAUUCAGACUCUGAUUCUGACAUUAGUGCUUCAAAUGAUUCUCGAGUGGGUAGGGGCAAGAAGCGCAUUUUGGAUUUUGGUUUACUUUCUGAUCUCAUGUUGCUUUUGAGUAGUAUGGGUAAAUUGCAGGAAUUAAAGCGCAUGCGAAGAAAGAGGAAGACUAGGAAGGAGAAGAGGAGGAGGAGGAGUCACCAUCAUUCAGAUGAUAAUUCUUAUGAAGAUUCUGCCGAUCUGCGGCAUAAAAGGAAGAGUAGGAAGGCGUAUUCAGACUCUGAUUCCGACAUCAGCGCUUCAAAUGAUUCGCGAGUGGGUAGAGGCAAGAAGCGGUCUGAGAAGAAGAGAAUUGAAGGCACUUUUCUGAAUCAGCAUAAAAGGAGGAACAGGAAGGCGUAUUCAGACACUGAUUCCGACAUCAGUGCUUUAAAUGAUUCACAAGUAGGCAGGGGCAAGAAGCGGUCUGAGAAGAAGAGCAGGAAACAUUGCCAUGAAGAGGACUAA